UUGCCACAUUUCGUUCUGCCAUCUGGCAACGCUCCGUGCGUGGAUUAAUGGCGUGCCACUCCGCAUAAAUGCUCAAGAGUUUUUCUUUUUAUUAACAACAUACGCGCCGCAAAACCAAACAAUCCCGCGGCUGAACAUGUGUAAUAGCGACAAACACUCGCGACCUUAACCAGAGUGCAGUGAUUAUCCGGUGACGAGCUUUAGUGGUGUGGAUUGCAGCGGCUCGCAAAAUUGCCAAAAAAUUUUGCCGCUGCCUGGUCAUUGUGAAAAGAAGCGGUAGCUCCCUUGGCGUUCUGCGAGGAUGGCGGACAUCGUGUACCCCAACGGCUGUCGGCCACUGGUCGAGGAUCUUGGCACUGAUGAACUGAUUCGGCGACUCAAGACCCUUGCCAAUGUGCUGCAGACCAUGGACCAGGACGACAAUCUUUACCAGCAGUACAUACCAUUGGCGCUGCAUCUGCUCGAUGACUUCUUCAUGCAGCACCAGUCCCGCGAUGUCCAGUUGCUCAUCGCCUGCUGCGUGGCGGAUGUUCUGCGUGUCUACGCCCCCGAGGCGCCCUACAAGGAGCAAGACCAAAUCAAAACAAUUUUUAAAUUCUUCAUCAAGCAACUGCACGGGCUGAAGGACCCGCGUGAUCCGUCCUUCAAGCGUUACUUUUAUUUGCUGGAAAAUCUGGCAUUUGUCAAGUCUUUUAACAUGUGUUUUGAACUGGAGGACUGCCAGGAGAUCUUCCAGGAGCUUUUCAGCACCAUCUUUAAAAUUGUGAACGACCAGCACAGUGCCAAGGUCACAAACUUUUUCCUAGACGUGCUGAGUCCUUUGAUCACGGAAGCUGAUAAUCUCUCGGUGGAACUGCUAGACCUUAUACUUAUAAACAUUGUGGAGCCGCACAAAUCAAACAACAAGUAUGCCUGCCUGCUAACCGAGCAACUCCUGACCAAAACAGGCGAUGCUCUGGAAUCCACCAUCAAAAUGUUCUUCAAUCGCGCUUUGGUUAUUGAUAAGCCAAACACCAGACUGUCAAUAACAAACAAAAUCUACGAUGUAAUCUAUGAGCUUAAUCGCAUCAAUGGAGACUUGCUCAUCUCAGUGCUGCCACAGCUGGAAAACAAGCUGCUCUCCACGGACGAUGGUGAAAGGCUGAAGGCUACCACCCUUUUGGCUCGCAUGUUCUCCGAAAAAGACUCGCAGUUGUCGAAGAAAUAUCAGAGCCUGUUAAAGAUCUUUUUCGGACGAUUCUGUGACAUCACCGAGCCCGUGCGCGUCAAGUGCGUUCAGUCGUCCAUGCACUUCCUCCUGAAUCAUCCGCACCUACAGAGCGAUAUCACAGACAAGCUGCGGCUGCGGAAUCACGACCUAGACGAAAUGGUGCGCCACGAAGUGGUAAUGGCCAUUGUCGAGACUGCCAAGAGGGACUUUAAUCUGGUGCUUGAGGCGCCCGAUUUAUUGGAGAUUGUGCGCGAGCGGACGCUGGACAAGAAAUACAAGAUAAGAAGGGACGCUAUGAACGGGCUGGCCUACAUCUACAAGCGAGCAAUUUGUGAGCCGAACGAUCUCAGUGCUGAGCUCAAGCAGCGGGUGGACUGGAUUAAGAACAAGAUCCUGCACGGCUAUUACAAGGUGGGCCUAGAGGAUCGCUUGCUCGUGGAGCGCCUACUCAUCACCUGCCUCGUUCCUUACAAACUGGCUCCGGAGGAACGUAUGAAGAAGCUGUAUCACCCUGGUGACCUGGAUGCCAAUGCCACCAAAGCCUUUGUGGAGCUGCAGAAGAAUCAGAUGAAGACCCGCAACACGGUCAGCGAUUGGAUCAAGCUGCAUCACUCCAAGGAGUUUACGCCGCGAGUGCUCAACCAGCUGAGUGCCAAGCAGGCCACCAUUGCCAAAUUGCUGCCUGAUCCCCUGAAAGCAGCCGAGUACCUCACCCAGUUUAGCAACCACCUGCGCAAGGAUGCCCAGCUGCUGCGUUGCAUUAAUAUCGUGCUCAAGCGCGACGUCAGCUGCCGGGAAUGCGCCGAUACGAUGGGUGUUCUCCUGAAAAAACUCGGCGCUCACGUUCAUUCCAAUCUCUACUAUAACACAGUCAAGAUGCUUAUUGAGCGCGUGGCGUCAGUAAUGGUGGACAAGGAUUCCAUCGGUGUGCUGAUAAGCCUCAUUGAGCAGUGCAUUGAGGGUGGUCCCAUGUGUGACGAGAUUGGCAUAUCGCGCCAGGAGGCGGGCGAGCGCGGUCUCAAGCUGUUAAGUAUGCUUUCCUAUGUGUUCUCGGCUCACUUCUUCACCGACACCUCGCUGCGUCACUUGAUUUCCCUGCUGAGCUAUGAGAACGACUAUGUCGCUCCCCUGGUGCUGAAGACGCUCACCCAUCUGGGACGUUAUCAGCCGCUGAUAGACGAUGCUACACCGGUCAUUCUAAAUGAAUUGGCCCCAGUCUGCCGGGACUUUGCACUGAUAGGAACUCCCAAGCAGGCAAAACAUGCGGUGCGUUGUAUAUUCGUAAACAGUCAAUCAUCGGCGGCCACAGAUGGAGCGACUGGUGGCUCUGGAAGUGCGUCUACCACAACUCAGACGGUGCAUCCCAUUUUCAAUGAGAUAAUAGAGGCGCUGCGUCUGAAGCUGACGCCCAACUGCGAGUAUCAGCGCACAAAGAUCGUGGCCUUGGGUCACAUUGCCUACAAUAUGCCGCAGGCGUUCCUUACGCCUAUAAAAAACAUGAUUGCGCGUCGCAUUGUGAAGGAGCUGCUUAUCCAGGAGGUUCCAGUGCAGCGGGACUACGAGCUGCCCGAGGAAAGCGACUGGUGUGCCCAAGAGGAACUCCCGCCGGAUACGCUAUGCAAGCUAGAUGCCCUCAAAACCAUGGCUCGCUGGCUUUUGGGCCUCCGCACUGAUGAGCACGCCGCCCAGAAAACAUUCCGCAUGCUUGCCGCAUUCGUUAACCAGCGGGGCGAUCUCCUCGGCCAGAACCGCCUGUGCGGAGCCGAGAAAUCCUGGCUGCGUCUUGGAGCGGCCUGUGCUAUGCUCAAGGUCUGUGAGCAGAAAGGCGUGGGUGAUCAGUAUAGUGCAGAGCAGUUUUUGCAGCUAUCCCAGCUAAUGGCUGAUCCUGUGCCGGAGGUGCGGGAAAUCUUUGCGAGAAAACUGCACAAAGGUUUGGGCAGAAGUUUACCUAGAAAUUGCCUACCCCUGGACUUUAUGGGCUUGUAUGUACUGGCUGGUUUAGAGACUGACAGAAAAUUGCAAGAUCUAGUGCGGCACUAUGUGGAGACGGACGUGAACAAACGUCGGGAAUAUCUCAAGACUGUGGCGAUGACAUCCCCCGACAGCUCAACGGAAUCGCAAUCCCUGCACAUUCUACCUGACUACAUGCUGGCCUUCGCCAUUCCCGUGCUGGUCCACGAUCCCCGCUACACGAACCACGAGGACUACGUCCAGCUGCGCAAGAUGGAAAAGUGUCUGCGUUUCGUUCUGGAGCCAUUGAUGGCAAAGCGCGAAUCGUUUGUCCAUAGCUUCUACAAGCAGCUGCUGCAGCUGAUAAAGGUCCGCGAGUGCAGUCAGGGCACGGAUAAGCGGGACAAUUAUAAAAUGUGGGCACUCUGCGAUCUCGCCAUGUACAUUAUCGACUCCAAAUUCAGUCCAUUCGAUGGCAACACGACCACAUUCUCCAUGCCGCUGGCUCUGCCAGAAAUGUAUUAUAAGAUGCCUUCCGUCGCCAACUUCCAGAACAACGAGAUCUAUAUACCGCUGGACGUGUAUACGGUGGGCGCCAAGCCGUCUGGAAAAGGUGGUGCCACGACCACGUCGCGCGCGGCCGCAACUUCAAAGAGGCCAGCAGAACCGGCGUCGAUUAUGGACGAUGAGAAUCCGCAGGAGAACAAUCUUUUCGACAACAUACGGGCAGCAGACACCACAGAGCCAACGGCCAAAAGAACGCGCGCGGGAGCCGCCACAGCCAAAUCGUAAAGGCUGUAGGGGUAGCGGGGAGAGCUGCUUGAGCGAGCGCAUACUUGUUAGUUUAGUUACUGUUAGUCUAGGCGCCUAAGUUAACUAAAUAUUUAAGUCAUACGGCGGAGUUACGAUAGUUGUUAAACCGACACUACCUACAACAUGCACCAAUCAGAACCAGAUCACUCUUGAACCUAGCUGUCGGACUAGGGCCCUCCUCACAUUAUUCCGAUUUGCAACCCAAUUUGUACCAUAUUCCAUUUAGAAAACAAGAGAGAGACACCGUAGGAGUGAAUGAAUGUGUCGUCGGAUUGUUAACCAUAUCUUUGUAAAAGUAAUUAUUUAUCAGUUGUCAAUUUAUUGAUCCUGUUUUUAAAUUGUGACCCCUUUUGGUUGGAUUUUACUUUAGUUGUAGGCCUCAUUGUAUAUCGAAUAAAAGGAAAGAAACUGAAGAGCAUAAGUUGGAGUCCGACGCGUAAAGUAAUGAAAACGUAAACAAAGCCUUAUUAAGAAAUUAAAAUUAACUUUUCUAUGAUCGCGGAUAACUUUUAGUUAAUAUAAAUACACCGAGAAUCAUAAUACAUAAUACAUACUUUACGAGCUAGACGCGACGACGCGAAUGCAUUAAAAAUGUAUUUGAAACCCAAGAUCGAAAAUGUUGUAAGGAUUGGAAUAAAAUUAUA